AUGCAGUUCUCUCUCGCUACCAUUGCCCUCCUUGCUGGCGCUGCCGCCGCCCAGGUCACCGUGACCUCCGUUGACAUCGAGACCAUCACCUCGUGCGCUCCCACCGUCACCAACUGCCCAGCUCGUCAGACCUCGACUGCCCCGGCCCCGGCUCCUCCAGCUGUGACUCCUUCCGGACCUGCUGUUCCUCCUCCGGCCGUCACCUCGGUUGUGUCCCAGCCUGCUCCUCCGGCUCCCCCUGCUGGCAACACCAGCCCUGCUCCUUACCCCGUCGUCUCGUCGCCCCCGGCUCCUCAGGUCUCGGUCAUCACCGUCACCACCUGCGUGCCUACCACCAGCCUGUCGACCAUCACUCUCACUCCCACCCAGGCUCCCCCGGCUCCCCCUACCACCAUCGUCCCCGCCGUUCCCGCCGGCACUGGCACUGGUGUCCCCGUCCCUGGAACCGGCCCUACCACCACCGCCCCUGGAACCCCCCAGUUCACCAACGCCGCCAACGGUGUUAGCGGUUCCUUCAUGAUGGCCGGUGCUGCCGCCGUCGCCGCCGUCUUCCUGGCUUAA